CGUACCGCGUCGCACCGUGAGUGAUCUGAGCGUGCCUCGAGUUGUCAGUUUGAAUCCCGCCCACUCCCCGGCGAGCCAGCCAACCAGACAUCACUGCAGCGAGCUGACUGCAAGUCGGCUGUAGCGACGGUCGCAGCGUCUUCCUGUAGUAAAUGGAACCUGGGAGAUACAAUAUAUAUCUACAAAUACCUCAACUGCACCUGCAGACUCGUAUUCCCGAGAUGUGAGCGCGUCCCCACAGUCCUCCGGAUGAGGCUUAAAUAGAGAUGAACUCGACGGGAACAUUUAACCACUAAGGACCAUGGGACUGCCUGUCCGUUUAUGCUGUGAGUCCACUCUUCGCCUGAGUUUGUUCUCAAGAGUACGCAGGACUGUGUGAGGGAUUGAUACACACACACAAUGGCAGGAGAGAUCAUCGCCAAUGACUCCGUUCCGUCAAAUUUUGAAUUAGCCAUUGGAGCGUCGGUAAACGCUGACGGCUACAACUUGAGUCUCGCGACAGCGGUGUCCUUGUCGUGUGGCAGUGGCCUGUCGGGCAACGGUGUCAGUAUCCUGCAGAUUGACCCGGACACGGACGGGUAUACACCUGUCGUCAUCUCGCUGUCGUUCCUGGUGGCCCUACUGAGUUUCGGCACGGUGCUGAGCAACGCACUGAUCAUCCAUGUCAUACGGGCCGAUCGCACGCUGCACACGGUCAGCAACUGCUUUGCCAUGAGCUUGGCCACGGCCGAUCUUCUCGUCGGCCUGCUGGUGGUGCCGUUCUACGCGCUGGACGUCCACGUGUCUGACCGCUGGCACGAACACAUUCCAGCACAUAGUGUAUGGGUGACACUGGACUUCCUUUUGACUUCGUCGAGCAUUCUCAACCUGGUCUUGCUGAACCUGGAUCGCUUCUGGUCCAUCACCUCACCCAUGAAGUACAUGCGACAGCGGACUAAGAGACGGGCUCUACUCCUCAUCGCCCUGGUCUGGGGUUUGGCCAUCGUCCUGACCAUGGUCCCCGUCGCUAUCUGGCCUUACGCCUUCAAAGACGUCUUGGUGCCCACCAAGACUCGCUUCGUCUGUUUCGGCUCGAGUGGCUGGCUAAUGGCAGCCAGUGCCGUCUGCAUAUACUUCAUUCCGCUCACCCUCCUAUGUGCAAUUUAUUCGCGGAUAUUUAGGGCCAUACACCGGCGACACAAAAUGGACCUGGGCCGGUCCAGCAUCGCCAGCAACAUGUCGAACCGGUUCGGUGGCUCCAAACGCGGCAGCGACAUGAACCAGCACGGCUUCAUCAGCGAGCAGGAGUUACAACGACUGAGGAACAUCUACGAGAAGGCGAUAUGCCGGGAACGAGGCGAGAGACACUUGACCGCCAUGGUGAGGAAGAAGAAAGGGUACUCCCCCGGUACUCACCUGAAACGGUACGAGAGCAUCGACGAAGAGAAGGAAGGAGUCAACGAGUCGUGUGAAAACGAUCCUUUCAGUUCAGAGACUGGAGACAGCCAAGGCACGUUUAACAGUCGGCCCCACCACCAAACCAAGGUAGGAGUGACCAACAUGGUCAACACACUUCAUGUCGCCCGGUCCGCCGACGAUAUCUUCCACGGUAGGAUCACCAAGAGCCCUGCUAGCCCCUUCGAAGGCCUGGGCGUGCUGCCAAAGAUUAAGGUGCCGCGUAUUCUGGCCGGGAUCGAGGCAAGCAUGGACGUCAUCCGCGAGCGAGACGGAAGCUGGUGCAGCUCAAAGUCUAACAAAUCACUGGCGAGCGAAGACAAGAAAGCCGCGGACAACGGGUCAUCUCACUCCCAAGAAAUGAUAGGCACCGUAUCGCCUAGACGAAAGAACAGCUCUCCUACCUUAGGUCUGAUGAGUUCCUCACCCAAGGAGCGGAGCCCCACGGGCUCAAACCAUCUCAGUAUCGGCGGUGCGGCGGAUCCCAUCAACAACUUUCUGCAGGUUCUGUCUCCAGACGUGCCAAUAGAUGUCCAGAAGAGAUGGAGCUCACCGCCGAUCUGUGUAGACGAGCCAGGGUCAGAGCCAGACGACACCGACCAGACGCCGGAGGACGCCAUAGCUGCUGAGGAGAACGAGGACGACGACGACAACGACAUGGACCCGCUACAGGACCUGGCAGCGGCGGUAAAGCGGAAGAGAGCCGAUUCGGGGGAGGGCGCCCUGGCACGACUGCGGGCCAACUCCAGCGAGAUGAUUCGCCGCGCCUCUCCUCGCUUGGCCCGCAAGGAGGAAGCGGGCGACACAGAGAGCCUGCUCACCGUACAGCGCAAGACGUCCGGGAGCGCUGGCUCGUUCUACCGGGACAGCUUCCAGAGCAACCGCCUGCUGAACCAGAGGCGCCAGAACACCCGAGCCUCCUACUCCCUGGACGUGAUCACAGGCCCUCGCAGCGACAGCGGCUACGCCAGUGAUUGCGGAUUCCGCCGUCCCGGUAGCCUGGGCGUUACUGUCACCAAGAAAGAGCGCAGGGCAUCUCUUUCUUUCCCCAUAGAUAGCGUCACCAUGGGGGCACUGACGUCUAGGGUCAGGACAUCUGUCAGUAACUCCUUCAGUGCCAUCAGUGGGCGUGGCACCAAGGCCCUCACGUUGCUCAAGAAGCAAGACAAAGCGGCCAAACAGCUUGGCUUCAUCCUCGCCUGUCUGGUCGCUUGCUGGACACCUUACUUCCUACAGGUUCUUAUCUAUGCCUUCUGUUCCGAAUGUGGUGACGUCACUGCCAUGACUAUUGCUGUCUUUCUAGGUUACACCCAUUCGCUAUGUAACCCCAUCCUCUUCGCCUUGUUCAAUCCAAGGUUCCAACGCGCUUGUAAGCGAAACCUGUUCCCGUGUCGUUCACGGGAGGAGACCCCCCGGGGUAUCCCAGUUGUACCGCCAUCUAUGAUUUAAGGACGUAAAGGCAAAUCACAACAUAUGCGAUUCUCAACGAUCUCUCAGACCAAAUCUUCAAAUUGUCAUGAACAAACCUAAGUCUUAGUGAAAAAGAUACCGCUGACAUUUGUUGCUGAAUUCGCGUUAAACAACUCUUUUUACUGUUUUCUUGUUACAUUCUCUGAACAAAACCAUUUACACAGCACCAUCAAUUAACUGAGUCUGCUCGCAAAUGUUGUAAAUGGCCUUUACAAUAAUUUCAAAAAUAACAGUAGAAGGAAAUCGAUUACACGCCAUUUUCUCUAUUUAUAGUGGUCCACCACUGAUUUAUACUUCAUUGAUUUGCAUCCGAUGAAAUUUAGAUGCUAGGGAUCGAUUCUGAAGUUUAUAACCGCUCACGAAGUCAUCAUUGUUACUGAUUUCUAAUCGGCUCGCAAUUAGAAGUAUUGUCCAGAGCCCAGCAUGAAAAUAUUAUGUAUCAGAAAUUAGCCAGAAUAUACCGCACCCACGGAAUCCGACUCUCGAUGAUAACGGGCAAAAUCAUUUAUAUGAGCGGGAAACUUCACCCAACUGAACUGUCUGUGAAAUUUGUUGGGCCGGUCCUCAGCCAAGCUGAGGCCAAAUUAAAGUAGGGAUUUCAGUCACUUCAAGUAGCCUCUCAGUCUGACUCUCGCGACAAAAAUUCCUUGGAUUUAUGAUACCUUCUGCCGAAGGAUGGACCAAGAUUCUGAUGUGUUGCUGAAUAUUUUCAUGUUUCUAAAACUGCGCUCCGUCGGUGGAGCACAAGCCGAUUCUGACUGACAUAUUUGUGAUAUGAAACAAUUUCUGGAAUUUCAUAGCGCGUAACACAGUCGUAAAUUUUGUACCGAGGAGGCGUUCUUCAAAAAAAAAAGUCGGUAGUAAUGUGAGGAAAUAUUGCGUCCAGAAUUUUUUUUCUCUUGAAAAUGAAAUUUAUAAACAUUUGCACAUCACGACGACAUGCAGCGCAUGGUUACUAGUGACCCAGAGCACCAGUUCUACAAAUAUAGUCUUCCUUUGUAGCAAGGGAGAAAGUGGUCUCUUUUUAUAUCUCUUCGGGUGUUCUCUCCAAGUGAGAUCUAGGUAUGACUGUAUAUGGACUGAAAAAUGGACGAACGGACGGACAGAAAUUCGAAUUGAAAAAAAAAGUCCAGACGAGCGGACCAACUAAUGAAAAGACGAAGCAUAUAUAGGCCUAAAGCUUAAUUUAUAAGUUAUCGACAAACAUGUAAAACUCGACCAUUGUAGACAUGGGCUAAAGCUCAAGAAAAAUUGCUUGGACAGAACUCUGGACAGACGGCCAGACUUCUUUGAUCUGUGAUCUUUGCCAGAAAAACGAGCACUCUUUCGAACAAAGUCGGACGGACGGACGAACAACCCGACCGACAUGCAGAGAGACAGACCAGGCAUCUCUAACAGAAGGACAGACCAUGGAGGUUGACCGACGAGCAAAAUCCUAAAGCGGUGUUUUUCCGCUCUUUUGGACGUGUGAAUUUCAGAAGUAUUUUAUCAAAACGCUCAAACGUCCUUGACGACUGGUGUAACCCGAGGCUGGCCACGGUGUGUUAUGUGCCGUUCAUUCAUGAAUUAGCAUACACGCGCGAAGGCUCAUGUGCCUUGUGACAGCAAUCCACCACGCUGGAUGGGGUCGACUUAUUCAUUUGAUUCGAGCCUUUUUCUCCAUCCCGAACGGUUUGUAAAGUCACACUGCAGAUUGUGUGAAGGCGAACCAAGACUGUAUUAUUUUUAUUCACUGGACGUGAGCUAUAAAACUAAUGCACCAGCAUCGUUUCAUGCAUAGCCUAAGGGCACAGCGUGUGUAUGUACACCACGCCAAGAACGGCAAAGUGCAAGUAACAAAACAUCUUGAACAUAUUUCCAUGUGAUGAAGCCCCCUUUGAAAAGGCCUCUGGUGAGACCAUUGGAAUGACAAGUCACCCUGUAGUCUCACUUACAGGAGUCAUUAUUUUUGUCGCAGAUAGUCACACGUGCAGUUAACUGCUCACAAAAUAUUCAGCAAUAGGAUUUGCUGCUUGAUGUCAACGCCAGUGUAUAAUGAAAUACCAUGCAGUAUUCAUGUACUUAUAAGGUAAUCGUUGUUACUUGGUGUAAAUGAAUGUGUAAUUUAAUACAAUAUUCAUAAAAAGGCAAAGCAGUAUUAAUAAUUUUCAUAAUCAACCAAAGAAAGAAACUGAUAUUGAUCCGGUGAUAACUGUAACUACUGAAUCUUUUUCUAAGUAUCCCUUUAAUAGGGAAAGGCGAUUCAUUAGAAAGUCUGGAUAAGAAAAAAAUGCACACUUAGUCGAUAUGACCUCAGACCUCGCAAGGCUUUCCUUACGAAAUGCCAUUUCGACGAGAUGCUCUCUCAAAGAUGUGUCUUUGUCACAAGCCCUCCAAUUUACUCUUAAAUGUGUAAGUUCUGAUAUCUCGUGGAAAAAGACACCCCACUGAAAUUCUGACAACCGGCACUGAAAAUUAAGAGGGUAUUGAUUGCAUGCAUAUAUACCGAAUGCACCCAUGGUGAUUUUCGAACGAAGCUAUGGUACACGAUUGUAACUUUGAAAUGGAUUUGGAAUGUGUUUUUGUUGGUUUUGUCUCCUUUUGUUUUCUUUUGGUUUUCAAUUAAGCAAGGUUGGAGUUGAUAUUUGGCUGUUGUUUUGUUCAAGACUGGGCGUUAAUUGUUUUGACAGGAAUGUCAUUGUUUGGUUUCAUGUGCAAUUAUUAUUGAACAAAAUGAUAAUUCUACUUUGCAAAAACUGUGGUGUUAAAAUUAACACUUUGAGGUGUUAUCAGAUGACCAUACCAUAGGGAGUUACUUCAACACUGCCGGUGUUACUUGACACACCUAUGAAUGUUACAAUGCACUGGAGGGUGUUACAAGUAACACCAAAUAACACCAAAAAUUUUAACACCUAUGAAAAGUGUUGGUGUAGUCCUCUGAUAACACCGGGGGUGUUAAAUUUCACUCACUCUUUGGAGCCUCUGAGUGUUGAUUAUGUUCAGGUAUCAUUUUUGUUUUUAAAUUGUGUAAGCCUUCUGAUAAUUUCUUUCACAGAAAACAAUCCGUGGUAUGCACCCCACUAUUUUGUCGAGGCUACAAGCAUUUAUCCAUGUGCGGGUUAAGUGCACUUUUCAGAAUUAUGUGGAAAUUGUGUAGUCAUGAACGAUUACGGCACAGCGUAACUAACUUGCAUUUGAAAUCAAAAUAGUAUUCAACUACUGUUGUGGUUUAAUCUGAAUAGGGCAAUUCACUGAAUUUAUAUAAUUACCAAUUGAAAUUAAAUCUGUAAUUCUCGUCCGCGAUAUGUAUUAUGUCAUCAGAACCCAUUUUAUUUAAAUGAUUACGAUAAAAGCACCAUUUCUACCUCCGUUUUGUUUAUGUUCUUUGUUCAUUAUGUUAAUAAAGUAACAAUGUCAGUAUAACUGGUUUUGACAGUCGCAUUAAGCGGUUAGUAUUCAACCUUUUAGCGGACAAGAGAAGCACGUUUGUUGAAAUUUAUUUCACUAAGUAUAUGGUAAUCCCAUUUAAUUCGUUGUUUUAUUCAUCGUGCAAAAUCGUUUGACUUGUAUGUUCACUUGGCGGGAAUCUUUACGCUUAUUUGUUCUUAAUAUGAUGGAUUGCAACAUAAAUCUACUUAUCAAGGUGAUGGUAGGCGAGAUGUUCGCCAGAACUUCACAUCAUAGAGCCAACAUGUCCUCGAGUACAAUCAGUUGAGUACAGAUGCGAUCCCGCAGACAAAAAAUGUGAAAUAAAUCACGUCUGCGUGUAAAUUCCUCAACUUUAAUCAGCCCGCAUUGAGGCAUUUGAAACUCGGUGACAAUUAAUCUUGUGCUCUACUUUUAUUAAACGGAUGUAAUGUAACAUUUAUUCUGCGUGGUUUUGGAGGCAGUUUCUUCGACACAGACAUGGACAAUCUGAAUGAUUUUUCUGUCGAUGCAUUCGCAGAGUCUCUCACGUAACCAUGCUGAACACUGAUCAACUGCACAAAUGCCUGGAAAACAGGAAGUUAUCAGUUUGGGUAAUGUUUUGACCGACGAUAAAACAAGUUGUUCACUUAUUGCUUCCUGUUUGUUCAUCUUACACUGCAAACACGGCUGAAAUUAACCCAACCCGCUGUGGAUUUCAGGUUUCUGUUCAGCUUUUUUGUAAAAUUAAUUUAACAUUAGAACUGGUUGAUCAGUGGCGAGUGUUGACGAAAGGAUAUUGAGCUGGACUGUGCGGGAUGUUUAUUUUUGACUGCCUCUCCAACACCAUAUGUAAAGACUAAGAAAAGCAAACCAUUUUUUCUUGAAAUCGCAGGCCAGACAUUGCCCGCAGCGCGGGGAAUGUGUGCGGUAUGUCGAGAAUAAAAAGAAAAUCACGAAUGUAAUUGUGUAUGGUGAAAUAAAAAAAAAGUGAU